AAAACUCUUUAUUGAUACUGUCACUCGAAGAACACUCCAAGUCUUUUUUCUUCUUUGGUUGCCCUGGAGGGCUUCUGAGAUUUCAAGGGAGAUGUUUUGACCCAUAUCUGCAAGGAAUACUCCAAGGGCAGGAUGGGUCUAUGCGGAAGCAAAACCAGCACCAUUCAGAGGCCGAAGAACAAUUCAAUAUAUAGGAUGAAACCUCAGAUACACCUGAGAAAGAAGUUUCCUCCACCUGUCCCACCAGGCAAUCCACGCACAGUUACCACUUCUGCUGACCAUCCUUCAGGCAACGGCAAACACUGUGUAGUUGCGCAGCAUGAGUUUAACCCUACAAGUGAGCGCGACCUGCCGUUGACAGUAGGCGAAAUAUUUGAAGUCCUUUACAGCAAUGGGGACUGGUGGCUAGCAAAAUCACUUACCACCGGGAAGAAAGGCUACAUUCCUAGUAAUUUUGUGGCCCGUGUCAACAGCCUAGAAGAAGAGAAAUGGUUUUUUAAAGGCCUGAGCAGAAAAGAAACGGAACGACUCCUGAUGGCACCACGCAAUGCAGUGGGUUCAUUCCUGAUCAGGGAAAGUGAGACAACUCCUGAUGCCUUUUCCCUGUCCAUUAGAGACAGCUCAUCUCAAGGGGAUGUCAUCAAACAUUACAAGAUCCGGAAGAUGGGUGAUGGGAGAUACUAUAUUUGCCCUAGGAUCAUAUUCAUUUCACUCCAAGAGCUUGUCAAGCAUUAUUCUGCUCAGCAGGAUGGCCUGUGCCAGAAGCUUAGGGAGCCCUGUAUAUCUCUGACUCCAGAAAGGCCCUGGACCACGGAUGAGUGGGAGAUUCCACGGGAAACCCUGAAGCUGGUCAAGAGAUUGGGAUCUGGCCAGUUUGGAGAGGUGUGGAUGGGAUAUUACAAGAAUAAUGUGAAGGUGGCCAUCAAGACUUUGAAAGAAGGCAGCAUGCCUACAGAUGCCUUUUUGGCUGAGGCCAACUUGAUGAAGCAGCUUCAGCAUAGCAAGCUGGUUCGACUGCAUGCGGUGGUCACUCAAAAGCCCAUUUAUAUUGUCACGGAAUACAUGGCCAAUGGGUGCUUACUGGAUUUCUUGAAAACAGAGGAAGGCACGAAGCUGAAUCUUCCCAAACUCAUUGAUAUGGCAGCUCAGGUUGCUGAAGGGAUGGCAUACAUUGAGAGAAUGAACUCCAUCCACAGAGACCUCAGGGCAGCCAACAUUUUGGUCUCGGAGAACCUCAUUUGCAAAGUUGCAGACUUUGGCCUAGCUAGGAUAAUAGAGGAUGAAUACCUGGCACAAGAAGGUGCCAAAUUUCCUAUCAAAUGGACAGCGCCAGAGGCAAUUAACUACGGGAUUUUCACCAUCAAAUCUGAUGUCUGGUCUUUUGGGAUUCUUUUAACAGAAAUCAUCACUUAUGGAAGGUGUCCUUAUCCAGCUAUGACCAAUCCUGAAGUUAUCCAGAAUCUAGAACGGGGAUAUCGAAUGCCCUGCCCGGACUCUUGCCCACCUGAACUUUAUGCAAUAAUGAUGAAAUGCUGGAUGCAGAAUCCAAAUGAAAGGCCAACAUUUGAACACCUCCAGACUAUCCUUGAAGACUUUUACACAUCCACAGAAAGGCAAUACCAGCCAGAGCCUGAUGUAUCUUGAGCACUGACUGCUUGAGGAAAUGGCAGAUUUAAAAAAGAAAAUUCCAGAACACUAGUGGGAAGGGCGCAUGGGAUUUUUGAUGAAUUGGACGUUGGCAUGUCUUUGGGCAUCAAGUAUGUGUGCAGAGCUGGUCCUUGGAGUCACAAACAAGAUGUCCCAUGCCAAGCAGAAGGAGAAAAAUUAUGAAAG